UUUAUUGUUGAGUAUAUUGUAUGCCAUUCUGGUGUUUUUGUUAUUCCAAAUGAAUUAGCAAAUUGCUCUAAGUCGUUGAAUAAAUGAGUUGGAAAUUUGGUUGAGAUUUCAUUGAAUCUGUUCUUCUCAUGCAGACAUUUCACUUGCUUGGUUAAUGUCACAACAAUGUAUUUUAUAUUUUUGUGACUACUGUCAAGGGUGUCAUUUCCCAAGGACACAUGCUGCUCUAUGUAAUCGAAGCCUUAUUCAAAAGAACUCAGAUGGCCUCGAACACAGGAAUGGAUACAGAAAAUGUGAAGACAGUGACUUAUGAGGAUGUCAAUGUGAACUUCACUCAGGAGGAGUGGGCUUUGCUGGAUCCUUUCCAGAAGAAGCUCUACAAAGAUGUCAUGCUGGAGACCUAUAGGAACCUCAGUGCUAUAGGUAUGAAAGAAGUCAGAGUGCAGAGAAUCCCUCUGAAUAUACUCACUGUGGUAAAGCCUUUGCUUUACAUGCUCACAGUCAUGCUCAAAGGCCUGAAAGGAUCCAUUCAGAAAAGAGGCCCUAUGAAGAUGUUCAGUGUGUUGAAACCUUUGUACCUCACACAAGUCUCCAGAUACAUAAAAGAACUCAAGCUGCACAGAAACCUUAUGAAUGUAUUCAAUGUGGGAAAGCUUUUGCAAAUCACAGUAAUCUUAAAAGACAUAAAAAAAAUCAUACUGGAGAGAAACCCUACAAAUGUAAUGAAUGUGAUAAAGCCUUUUCACUACACAGUAUCCUCCAUAAGCAUGAAAGAAUUCAUACUGGAGAGAAACCCUACAAAUGUAAUGAAUGUGAUAAGACCUUUUCACACUGCUAUAGACUCCAGACACAUAAAAGAAUUCAUAGUGGAGAGAAACCAUACAAAUGUAAUGAAUGUGAUAAAGCCUUUUUAGAUCAUAGUAACCUCCUGAUGCAUAAUAGAAUUCAUACUGGAGAGAAACCCUACAAAUGGAAUUAAAAAUACUCAAGUUAAUAAAGAUAAAAAAAUAA